AUGACAGAGGUGAAGAUAGUUGGGCUCAUCUUCAUCUGUUUUUCACUGCUUCACGGUUUUGUCGCAGCAUUGAACUGCACCAGCCCAACUCUUGAAGCCUUGUUUGAUGGACUUGAAAAGGAAGUAUUCUCGAAAAAAACAAUGAGACCUGUAAAACAUGUUUCAGAUACACUGAACGUAUCUGUUGAAAUGACUGUGGAGGGAAUUUUAGGAGUGAAUGAAAAGGCCCAGUCCUUGACAUUAGUCAUAUGGCAAGUCCUGGAGUGGGAUAUAGCGGGUCUGAGCUGGGAUGAGAAGGAAUGUGGAGCUACAAGAAUCUCUGUCCCUCGAGAAAAGCUUUGGAUCCCAGACAUCAUCAUUGCAGAGUUCAAGGAUGAGGACAAAUCUCCCCAAACUCCCUACGUCUAUUUAUACAAUACGGGUCGUGUCUAUGAUGAUAGGCCGCUAAGAGUGGUCAGCGUUUGCCGAUUAGUAAUCUACACUUUCCCCUUCGACAUACAAAACUGCUCGCUGACCUUUGGACCAUUUUUACACUUUGCUGAAGACAUAAAGAUGAUUGAAAAGCUCACAGCUGCAGAGAUCCUUGAGGAGUCCAGACAAGUGAUGCAGACCAGAGGAGAGUGGGAGCUGGUAGAUAUCGAACAAGCUCAAACUACCCUUGAAAUCACUGCUGGAAGUUACUCUGAGAUCAAAUAUUAUAUCAUUUUGAGACGUAGGCCAGUCCUCUAUGUGAUAAAUCUCCUGUUGCCCAGCUGCUUCCUCAUCAUAGUGGACCUCUUCAGCUUCCUGCUGCCUCCCCACAGCGUGGACCGCUCCUCCUUUAAGAUGACCCUCAUCCUGGGCUACACCGUUUUCCUGCUCAUCAUGAACAACCUGCUGCCAACCACUGGAAAUACAACACCUCUAAUGAAUGUUUUAUUCUCAGUCAGUCUGGCUCUGAUGGUGGCCAGCCUGUUGGAGACAGUGUUUAUCACCAACAUCCAGUUCAGCUACAGCCACUACAGAAAGGUGCCUCCCUGGCUCAGUGUCUUUGUGCUCCAAUAUCUGGCUGUUAUUGUUUGUCUCCCUCCAAAAAAGAAGAGCAACCGUGUCACAGUCUCCCUUCACCAACCUGUUACAGCAAUGAAUACCGGCUUCAUUUCCUUGAGAGAUGUUCAGAGCACGUCUGGUCUGCCAGUGAACCCCCCUCCAGAUCCCAUCCUGGAGGAACUGAGGAGGCUGAGCAGAGAUCUCGGAGCCAUCCGCCAUCAGAUGGACAAACACUUCCAGGAGAACAGUACAUUACAGGAAUGGCAAAUGAUCGCAUUAGUUAUUGACCGUCUGCUGUUUGGUUUGUACAUUGUCUUCUUCAUGUUCUGCUUUAUCACCAUUGUAGUUAUCUGGACACAGAGUAACGCAUAUAGAUCUCCAGAACUGAUGAAUAACAAAUUAAGUUUAGGCGGGGACCUCCAGGCCAUCUGCCUCAAGGGGAAUCGGCAGCUGGUUGGAAGCCAGAGCUCAGAGGAGUGGAUCCAGGUGGGUUUCAUCAUCGACCACCUGCUGUUCGGCCUCGACAUCUUCUUCAUAUCAGUCAACUUCAUUACCAUCACCAUCAUGUGGCAGCAGUCAUACAGCACAUCUGGAUUAUGA